AGCAUAUUGUUCUUUACUUGAUUACUCAUCUCUUUGCUCUUUGAGUGCUAGCUUAGUUGUUCAUGUAAGAUGAGUUUACUAGCUAGAACCAUGAAGCCACAUGCUCUUCUUAUUCCAUUUCCAAUACAAGGUCACAUAAAUCCAUUUCUCAAACUAGCAAAGAUCCUUCACAACAAAGGCUUCUACAUAACAUUUCUCAACACUGAAUUCAACCACAAACGUUUGCUCAAAUCCUUAGGUUCUGAUGAUUUUCUCAAUGGCUUAUCAGAUUUCAAAUUUGAGACCAUUCCAGAUGGUCUCCCUCCCACAAACAACUUGGAUGCAACUCAAAGUAUUCCGGAUCUUUGUGACUCUACCAGUAAAAACUGUUUGGGACCAUUGUGUGACCUUAUAUCAAAACUUAAUGAUCCUCCAGUUACUUGCUUGAUCACUGAUGGUAUCAUGUCUUUCACUAUUCAAGCUUCUCAACAAUUUGGGUUGCCUAAUGUUCUCUUUUGGGCUCAUAGUGCUUGUGGUUUUAUGGGCUUCAAAGAGUGCAAGAAUCUCAUGGAAAAAGGCAUAACACCACUUAAAGAUGCAAGUUAUCUGAGAAAUGGUUAUUUGGACACCAUCAUAGACUGGAUCCCUGGCAUGAAAAAUAUCACAUUAAGAGAUCUUCCUGGUAUAUAUCGUACAACAGAACCAAAUAAUCCACUUAUAAACUUUGUGGCAGAACAAAUUGAAACAGCUUCAAAAGCUUCUGCUAUUAUUCUACCAACUUUUGACGCAUUAGAAUCUAAUGUGUUGAAUGAACUCUUUACAAUGUUUCCUAAACUCUACACAAUAGGCCCUCUUGAGUUAUUCCUUGAUAAAAUUUCAAAAAAUAAUGAAUUUGAAUCUAUCAAAUGUAAUUUGUGGAAAGAAGAAAAUGAGUGUCUCAAAUGGCUUGACUCACAAGAACCAAAUUCCGUUCUGUAUGUGAAUUUUGGUAGUGUUAUAGUUAUGAACUAUAAUCAACUUGUUGAAUUGGCUUGGGGAAUUUCAAAUAGUAAGAAGAAAUUCUUGUGGGUGAUUAGGCCUGAUAUAGUUAAAGAUAAAGGUGACAGUGAAGGUGAAAGUGAAAGAUUACUUGUGCCACAAGAAAUUGUGCAAGAAACUAAAGAUAGAGGACUUAUGGUAGGUUGGUGUCCACAAGAGAAGGUUCUAAAGCACGAAGCUGUGGGAGGAUUUUUGAGUCAUUGUGGUUGGAAUUCAACAAUUGAAAGUAUAUGCAAUGGUGUUCCAUUGAUUUGUUGUCCAUAUUUCAAUGAUCAAUUUACCAAUUGCAAAUAUAUUUGUAGUGAAUGGAAAUUUGGAAUGGUGAUGGAUAGUGAUAAUGUAACAAGAGAUGAAGUUGAAAAGGUUGUGGUAGAGUUAUUAGAGGGUGAAAAGGGUAAGGAGAUGAAGAGAAAAGCAAGUGAGUGGAAGAAACUUGCAGAAGAAGCAACUGAUUUUGAUGGUUCAUCCUAUUUGAAUUUGGAAAAAUUGGUAACUGAAGUGCUGUUAUUCAAGAGUUAAGGCUAGAAGAGAAAUUAUUGAUUAAUGAUAUUGUAUUUCUAAUUAUUCAUAUUUUAAGUUCUUAAUUGUAUGAGAUCAUUUUCCAUACUUGAUUUGAUUUGGAUGUAAAAUCAAUUGUAUGAUGUUCUGUAGUUCCUGAGUGCUUUUUUAAUGAAUAAUAGAAAUGUUAGAGGUGAAACUUGAAAGUUGACUAUUGUGAAAUAAACGCAUGUUCUAGAAAAUUACUUUGAAAAA